AUUGUGUGCUCCAUGUCCCAUCUCUACUGAAACGUCAUUAGGUUAACCUCAAUAUUUGUGUACAAAAUGAUAAAAAUUAGUGAUAGUCAUUAUUUUUAGACUAUUGGACUACGUCGAUCCCUUUUAAUGCCUUAUACAAAUAAUUGUUGUAAAAACAAUGAGCAUUUACUCUGUGAUAGCUGCCAGUCAUAGUGGGAUACCGAAACUGUAUGUAAAGCACUUGAAAGUAGUUUUUGGUAAAAGAGGGCCCCUAAACCGGACGCUGCGAACGAUGACGCCGACAAAAAAGACGCCGCUUAACAUUAAAGACCCCGCUUAUGUAGUCGUAAAAGUGUCUGAAGAGGAAGCCCCACAAAGAACUUCUUGGUUUGCUAGGCUUUUUCGCAGGAACAAAUCGACUGGCACAGUGACCAGCAAAACAGAAGGUGUCGCUCCUGACACAUCUAGGCUUAAUCGUUCAGAAUUGAAAAGACUGUUUUCAUUAGCCAAACCAGAAAAAUGGAAACUAACAGGAGCUAUAGGUUUCCUCCUAGUUUCUAGCUCAGUUACUAUGUCAAUUCCUUUUAGUUUAGGAAAAGUAUUGGAUAUCAUCUACACAAAGAGCAAUGACCCUGUUGUGAGUGAUCCCAGACAAAACCUGAACAAAGUCUGCGGUAUAUUGCUGUGUAUAUUUAUAUUAGGAGCAGCUUGUAACUAUGGCAGAAUAUAUUUCAUGUCUACUGCUGGAUAUCGAAUGACUAAUGCUCUUAGAAGAAAGGUAUUUGGCGCUAUUCUGCGUCAGGAGCAAGGUUGGUUCGAUCGCCGCCCAACUGGAGAGCUCAUCAACAGACUAUCAGCGGAUACCCAACUUGUAGGCACUGCACUUUCCAUGAACAUUUCAGAUGGUUUAAGGUCUUUCGUCAUGGUUUGUGCUGGAACUGGAAUGAUGUUCUACAUGUCACCUGAACUUGCUCUGGUGGGCCUAGCAAUUGUACCCCCUUUGGCUGGGAUAGCAGUCGUUUACGGGCGUUUUGUACGAGGAAUUAGUAGGAAAUUGCAAGAUGCACUGGCGGAGUCCACAAAGGUAGCUGAAGAGCGGAUCGCCAACGUUAGAACAGUCAAGGCAUUCGCGCAGGAACCUAGGGAAAUUCAUACAUACCAACAGGUCAUUAAAGACGUCCUACAACUAGGAUACAAAGAAUCAAAAGCUAGAGCAUUUUUUUAUGCUCUAACAGGUUUCAGUGGACACGUGAUAAUAAUAUCUGUGCUAUAUUAUGGAGGGGUAAUGGUAUCUGCAAAUACAAUCACUGUAGGAAACCUAUCGUCUUUUUUGCUGUAUGCAGCUUAUAUAGGUAUAUCAGUUGGAGGGUUAUCUAGUUUCUAUUCUGAUCUGAACAAGGCAGUAGGAGCAGCGUCUCGCAUAUGGGAAAUCAUCGACCGUGACCCUACCAUCCCUAUUCAGGGAGGCCUUAUUCCUGUAGGAACCCCUGAAGGCAAAAUUGAGUACAACAAUAUUAAGUUUGCAUAUCCAUCUCGAGACGACGUACAGGUAUUAAAAGGUCUAAGUUUGAGCAUCUUGCCGGGUCGUACAGUAGCAGUGGUGGGUCCUUCUGGUAGUGGCAAAAGCACAUUAGGAGCCUUGUUAUUAAGACUUUACGAUCCCGAUGAGGGCGAUGUUCGAUUGGAUGACCAUGACGUGCGCCAGCUAGAUCCAGCGUGGCUCAAAAAGUUUAUUGGUACCGUAAGUCAAGAGCCUGUGUUAUUCUCAUGCUCCAUCAGAGAAAAUAUACUAUAUGGUGCAGAUGAUCCUGAUAAGGUGAUUGACGAGGAAUUUAUGAAGGUGUGCCAGGAAGCGAACGUGCUGGAAUUUGUCGAAAAGUUACCGCAGGGAUUUCACACAAUAGUCGGAGAGAGGUAAAACGAUAUCUUCACGUGUCAAUAAAUUUUUGUUAUAUUAAACGCGACGUUAUCAAAUUUUAACAUGGGUAUUUAGGGGUUUAACUAAGCAUGCUAGUGGUUUUCUUUGUCAGUGUCGUCAAGCGUUUUGAGAUACAACAUAUGUUCUCCUACUUGUAGACAAGUAAUUGCAACUGAACAAAAUUGCCAAAUAAUGAAAAUCGAUCAUCCUAGAUUUAUUCAUCGGGAGACGAGAAAAACAACAUAACUACAGAGUUUGAUUGAACCGUAUUUACAAAUACUAGAAUAUACUUCCUUAAUGGGGAUCAAAAUCUGCAAGUUCUGUUGUUAAGACCUCCGAUGGAUAAAGCUAGAGCGAUCUAUGAACAUUUUAGUCUAUUUCUGCGAAUUUCGGUUGAUUUUCAUAGCUACGAACUCUGAAGUUGCUUAUCAGGAUAGCGGAAAGUUUUACUCGUAUUAAACCCCCUUGAUCUUAUCCACAAAGAAACAUGUGGUGGUGACAGUCGAGCAACACAGAGCUGUUAUUUUUACUUCCUAUGAGGAUGACUAUAUAACUUUAACCAUGUAUUUAUGAAACUUAUAUUUUGAAACGUUUAGGGGUGUGAUGUUGAGUGGUGGACAAAAACAGCGAGUGGCCAUCGCACGUGCAUUGAUUAAAAACCCCAAGAUUUUACUGCUAGACGAGGCGACCAGCGCGUUGGAUGCCCAGUCAGAGAGAUUAGUACAGGAGGCACUGCAAAGGAUCAUGGAAGGCAGAACAGUACUUACUAUUGCUCAUAGACUUUCUACUGUGCAAAACGCGAACGAGAUAGCAGUAUUGAAAGACGGGCGGAUAGUGGAAAAGGGCACGUACAUAGAUCUGAUCAAUAAGGAAGACGGAGCAUUCAAAGAACUCAUCAAGCACCAGACAUUUACACCCAGCCUCGAUCAACAACGCCUCUCUUCAAAUAGUGAAGUACUCCUUAAUAGGUAGGCUCGAUCGUGGUUAGCUGAAACUGGCGAUUUUCCUUGCCUUAGCUAGAUGAACAUUGAAGACUGUCCUAAACAUCAUACUUAAAAUGUACUUAUAUAAGAGUGCGUUUAUUUUGUUGUAUUAAUGCAGGAGUAAUUCGCUAUUGGUUAUAACGUGUUUUAAGACUGUACGUAGCAUGGAAUUUGUAUAUUUUGAUAUUAUUUUAUGCAUUUCCAUUUCUCUUGUCUUAUUGGUGAUUUGUUUUCUCAUGAUGGAUUUACUAUUACUUGCACAAUAAGGAACCUGAAGGUACAUUAAGAUAUCUGAACUUAAUUUUCUCCAUUUAAAAGUACUUUAAGGUUAUGGACUAUAACUGUUAAUACCUAUUAUAAUUUGAAUGAUUUUAGACGAAUGAACUAUAUUGUUGUUUUAUAGUACCUAGUUAUUCAAAAAUAAACGUUUCAAAAAUUAAAA